UCACUAUGUCGGAAACGGCGCCUGUUGCAGCUCCUGCUGUUUCCGCUCCUGGAGCAAAAACUUCAACAAAAAAACCGAAGAAGGCAGCAGCUAGUUCUAAAGCCCGCAAGCCUCCAGGUCCCAGCGUGACCGAGCUGAUCACCAAGGCGGUGUCCGCUUCCAAGGAGCGCAAAGGGGUCUCGCUGGCAGCUCUUAAGAAGGCUCUGGCCGCCGGAGGUUACGAUGUGGAGAAAAGCAACAGCCGCAUCAAGCUGGGGCUCAAGAGCCUGGUGAGCAAGGGCACCUUGGUGCAGACCAAAGGCACCGGCGCAUCCGGCUCUUUUAAACUCAACAAGAAGCCUGGUGAGACCAAGGAAAAGGCUCCCAAGAAGAAGCCAGCGGCAAAGCCUAAGAAACCAGCUGCCAAGAAACCCGCCAGCGCCGGCAAGAAACCCAAAAAGGCUGCGGCCGUGAAAAAGAGCCCGAAAAAAGUCAAGAAACCAGCAGCUGCAGCAGCUAAAAAACCGGCCAAGAGCCCGAAAAAGGCCAAACCCGCCAAGCCUAAGAAGGCAGCCAAGAGCCCGGCUAAGGCCAAGGCGGUGAAGCCCAAGGCGGCCAAGCCCAAGCCGACGAAGGCUAAAGCCACGAAGGCUAAGAAGGCAGCGCCCAAGAAGAAGUAAAAGGGCUAGAAAGAAAUUUGCCACGCAGAGAAAUCCAACGGCUCUUUUAAGAGCCACCCACCCUCUCCCAGAGGAGCUGAAACACCAGGUUAAUUUCAAUAAUCUCGGGUUGCUUUUCAUGAAGCGCAUCACUUUCAGAAACGAAAGUAAUAGA